AUGGGUUUAUUGAUAUAUAAUUCUUUAUUCGCGAUCUAUUCACUUUUCUUCUUCUUCUUCUUCUUCUUCUUCUUCUUCUUCUUCUUCUUCUUCUUCUUCUUCUCAGUAGUAGUAAUUGUUUUCUGUAGCUCUUUCUUUCUUUCUUUCUUUCUUUCUUUCUUUCUUUCUUUCUUUCUUUCUUUCUUUCUCGUUGUAGCACUCUUUUUAAAAAAUUUUUCCUUCCUUCCUUCCUUCCUUCCUUCCUUCCUUCCUUCCUUCCUUCCUCGUUCUUGUAGUUUCCCUCAUUUCCUUUAUUUCUUUAUGAUUUCCUUCUUUCCUCUCUACCCCUCGUUUUCUUUUCUUCUACUUCUUCCUCACUCUCUUAUUCGUCAUAGUAAUAUUAGCAGUAGUAUAAUGUCUAUUUCUAUUUGCUUACUAUUUCUUUCUUUCUUUUCUUUCUUUCUUUCUUUCUUUCUUUCUUUCUUUCUUUGUCAUAUUUCUUUUCCAAUUCUUUUCUCAUCCUCAUUAUUUUCAUCCCUUUUCUUCUUCUUUUUCUUUCCUCUCCUCCCCUAUCCAUUAUCCUUAUUUUCUUCUCUCUCCUCUUCCCCACUUUCUUCUUCUUUUCUCUCUUCCUCUCUUUAUUUUCCUCAUUUUCUUCCUUCUCCCCCACACCCAUUUUUCAUCUUCUUUUCUCUUUUUUAUUUUUCCUUCUCCUCAUUCUCUUCCCCAUAUUUACACACUUUUUCAAUAAAAUCCGUUCAUUAUCACCUGAUAAUUUUCCCUUUUUUUAUUUCCUCUUUUUCCUUCUCCUCUACUUUUCUUUCUUUCUUUCUUUUUUCUUUCUUUCUUUCGUCGUCAUCGUAA